CUAAAAGCAACAUCGAGCACGGAACUUCCUAAGUCUCAGUGUUUGGCUGUUUCGUAUUUCGGUAAUAUAAGACGGGAGUCCUGUUUGUUCGUGUGUUUUAAACUCGUCAUUAUGACUUGAUAACAGUGUCUGAUUAUGGAAAUACUUCAAUGAGAAACUACGGUCUGUGUGUGUUAUCAGUUUUAAGUGUCCCAAAAAUUUUAUUUCCCGUGAGGUUGGCCUACUCUUCGACAGAAACUAGUGCAAUGUAGGAGUGAUACUUGAUAUUCCUUGUCUUAAAUGUAUCUCUCGUGCAAUGAUUCCAUUUUAUUUUUCACCUCAAGGACAUUGCAUAAGGUUCGCUUUGAUUGUCAUUAACGAUUCCUUUUGUAUACCUAUAAUAAAAUACGGUUGAAUGAUCUCGAGCAAAGUUCGUUACAAUUGACGACUUAGGUAAUUCAAUGGAUUAGCGCGGGCGUGAUAUUCUUGUUUACUUUUCAACGAUGUUGAGCUCGAAAGGAUCUCAAGAUUCCAUAAGAACGUGUCGACAUACGCAUAACGUGCGUUAACAGUGAAAGACGCGAGUGCUACAAUUCUUUGUAUCGUUGAAGCUCCACGUGCUCGGAUCAAUUUCAUCAGGAUACACAUAUGGAAUUAAUAAAUUCAAGAAGAUUCGAAAACUUGUAUUCGUCGAUCCUGACCCGUCGGCAAGGAUCCUAACACGAUCGAUGAAUCCGAAAUACACAAUGUAGUACAGUUAUGAAAUAAAUAUAAAAGUGAAUGAAAAUGAAAAAAAUAAGGUUCAUCAAUAAAUAUCCAAAAGUCAAUUUUUGUUGUUGAUAUUAUCAGGGCCAGUGCUUUUUACGUAUACCGGCACGUAAAACACGCCAUACGAAAUGAGAUGGUAUUCGUGUGAUCAGAAUGACAAGAUCCCACAUGCAAACAGAGCUUAACAAAGCUCCGAAACGACUAGUAGGACCUCUUUGGAUUUUCCAGUGAAUAAAGUAAGAGAGAGAGAGAGAGAGAGAGAGAGAUAGUCCGACUAAAAGAUACGGAUAAAAGGGAAAGAGGAGGAAGUACAGUCACGUUGGGUAGUACCUUGUGAAGUAGUGGGAAUCCUAAUCGAAGGGUUCGACAAUGGGAUUAGCUCAAAGGACAAUCUCCGAGUAGAUCCUUUCGAGAAUUGCCUUUAAUCCAGUGAAAGGGUUACCAAGCCAAUAGGUACCUACCAAACGUGUUACCAGAGGGAAAUCUAACAGUUUUCCUAGUGACAAUUUACAUAGUUUUUCCAAUCCCACCAGCUCAGCUAAUCUUGGUUAAGACCACGUUGGGUCCAGGUUCCAACCACUAUAUGUGUAUCCAAGCAAAUCAGCUUGCACAGCUUCCGGAGAGGAAGUCCGACCACGCGUACUGUUUGCCUUUAAAAAGACGGCUGACCAGAUAAUGACGUCACGGAAAUGUUCCCGCGUGCCUUGACGCACUCCCCAUUGAGAUAGCGCGGAAUGAUCUUUGGUCAUCGUACGAAGUGACGACUGAUAAUGGUCUCAGGGAUGAUCUUGUCAUAGAGAAAUGAGAUCGGAAUGAGAUGCUGGAUCUGUCGGAAGCUGCGAAGGGAUCCUUGCGAGAUGUGCAAAAUUUUAACGGAGCCCAACGAGCGGCUCCUCCCUUUGCAUCGUCGUACGUUUCUCCAGUUCGCGAGGUGUCCCGGGCUAUGAUUGAAGUGUCGGAAAUGUCAGUACCCAGGAAACACUGACGCGGAACACAGCCAAGAUGAAGCUCUCCACUCUCGUGAUUCUUGUUGUCCUACUGUUUAUCUGCACUCUCGUGACGAUGGCCGGCGCUGAGCUCAGCUCCAGGAUAGUCAGGACAAAGUACGGUGAACUCUCGGGGGUGAUUGUGACUUUGGAACGUUAUCUCGAAAGUGUCGAAGUGUUUCGCGGUGUUCCUUACGCGUCGCCGCCAAUAGGUUCCCUUCGAUUUAUGCCACCGGUUAGCGGGGCACUUUGGCACGGGGUCAAAGUUGCUGAUAAGUUCGGACCCGUGUGCCCCCAAAAAUUACCUGAACUCACUGACAAGAUGCCACGGGGAAGACUGGAAUACUUGAGGAGGUUACUACCCUAUUUGCAAAAUCAGAGCGAAGACUGCCUAUAUUUGAAUAUAUAUGCCCCGGCGCAAGCCGGUGCGAGGGACGGCGGUAGCAGAAGGUAUCCUGUAAUCGUGUUCGUCCACGGUGAGAGUUACGAAUGGAGCAGCGGAAAUCCUUACGACGGAAGCGUCCUGGCUAGCUACGGCGGCGUCGUGGUUGUCACCAUAAAUUACCGACUGGGAAUUCUCGGCUUCCUGAAUGCGAACACCGAUUCGCACUUGAGAUCUCCGGCUAAUUACGGGCUGAUGGAUCAAAUCGCAGCAUUGCACUGGGUCCAGGAGAACAUUGGCUACUUCGGCGGGGAUCCUGGUAACGUCACUCUUAUUGGCCACGGUACGGGAUCUGCUUGCGUCAACUUCCUGAUGACCAGCCACGCCGUGCCUGACAGAUUACUUUUUCAUCGUGGAAUCCUCAUGUCCGGUAGUGCGCUAUCACCAUGGGCAUUGAUCAGGGGUGCAGCCAAUUACGCAAUGCAAGUGGCUAAACAUUUAAAUUGUUCAGCAACAGCAGGUGAUCCACAGACACUGCUACGCUGCUUAAGGGAUGUUCCAUUGAAUGCACUGGUUUCUGUACCAGUACGUGGUUUGGAAUUUGCUCCCGCAUUCGGACCCAGUAUAGAUGGGGUUGUUAUUGAUCCUGGGGAUCCUGAGGAUCAGGAUUUCACUCUACAGGUCGACACGAUAAACACGCUCAACAGUAUACUAUUGAGGAAAGACGUGGUGGCGAAAUUGUCAAGAUACGAUCUUAUGGUUGGCGUCGUAAGAUCCGAGGCCUACUUCUCGUUGACUGCCGAAGAUGCUCAGUAUGGUAUCGAGGCUGAUAGGAGAACGAAAAUAUUGCGCGAAUUUGUACGCAAUACUUACACGUAUCAUCAACCGGAAAUUCUGGCGACGAUUAUCAACGAGUAUACUGACUGGGAGAGGCCGGUUCAGCAUCCUGUAAAUAUUAGAGACGAAACACUAGAGGCCUUGGCAGAUGCAAACACAGUUGCCCCGGCAACGAGAACCGCGGAUCUUCACAGUCAAUCGCACAGGAACUCCUACCUCUACGUGUUUGACUAUCAAACGAAAUUCGGUGACUAUCCUCAGCGGCAGGGUUGUAUUCACGGCGAAGAGUUGCCCUACCUGUUUGGUGCACCAUUGGUUGGUGGUCUUGCUCACUGGCCCAAGAAUUACACGAGAGCUGAACUGGCCCUGUCAGAAAGCGUCAUACUGUACUUCACCAACUUCGCACGUACCGGGAACCCUAACGAGGGGACUCCAGAUCCUGGACCACCGGGUUCACGGCCUGAGCGCACCAAAUUGAAGAAUAUUGAAUGGACUGCCUAUGAAGCCGUGCAUAAGAAAUACCUCAGUAUAGAUAUAAAAUCCAAACUGAAGAAUCAUUAUAGAGCACACAGAUUGUCUUUCUGGCUAAACCUGGUACCUGAUCUUCACAAACCAGGAUCUGACGACGUCCCAAGAUCUCAUCACCUGCUGGAUGCAGAACAGGUGCCGCCCAGAUUUAUCCAAAGGAUACCAACAACCACAAAACCGACAACGCUUGAAUUAACCACAGAAAAAGUUCACAACACGUCCACGGCUCUCCCAAGCGAAUUAGCCGUCGAGGAAGCUACGUCACAACCAGAAGAUGGUUUCGCCGCGUAUUCAACAGCUCUAAGUGUAACGAUAGCAAUAGGCUGCAGUCUCCUGAUCCUGAACGUUCUCAUCUUCGCGGGUGUUUAUUACCAGCGCGACAAGAAUCAGCACAACUGUCCGAAGAAGCGUCAAGAAAAUGGUCAAAUGCCAAACAACAUUUGCGGAGAGUUGGAAACGAAAACGGAGAGACAUCACAUUCAGCAUAUACCGCCCCCUGAAUUUGCGGAUUUGCAAAAUAAUUCUUGUCACGUGCCAAUGCCACCGCCACCGCCGAAGAACACGAAACCAGGAAAAACUGGACAAAAUCUUAUCAUCAGUCCCAAUCAACUACAGCAAGAAAGCAUGGCGAUGGUCGGUGGCGGUACUUUGAAGAAAGGACACAAUCAUCAACAGAUAAUGGAGGAACUCAGGGUCUGACUUUAGGGGAUGAUGACGACGCGUGCGCGCGCGCAUUUGAAACGUUUAGAAACUUUACGUCAGGUGCGAAAUCGAGUGCGUGUUGUUAGGGGAUGUUGUCUCUCAUCCAAAACCAGGACGCUCGCUGUACGAUCGGCCUUUGGUUUUCUAAUUGCGGAUGGAAGUAUUAUGCUACAUUGCGUUUUCAAUCGUUUUGUUGUUCGUAACGAUUCGAUUCAAUUACGUUAAUUGUUCGUAUAGUGUACAAAAUUCAUGUAUAACGUAUACAACACUUGACGUUGACUUUAAUACUUUACAGUCUGAUUAACUGCCAGUGAACGUUAUUUCGUAACUUGGGUGUAUUUUUGACAGUGCGGAUAAGGGUAGAUCCUUUUGCGGUCAAUUGAAAACUCGGGAUAUGAAAUUGGGUAGUUUUAUUUAUGUCAGUUAUUUUUGUAAAUUUUUAUUUAUCGACUUUGUACAAUAUUGAGAUUUCGAAUAAUUUCGAUAUAUCUGAUGGAAUUGAUUUGAGGAGUAGUAAUUUCCAAAUUCUUUUUUUUUUCGAAGUUUGUAAUCAUUACUACGUUUAUCGUCUUGGUUCAAUGACUUUAUCAUAAUCAGUGCUACCAAUUCCAGCAAUUAACUGGCAACGGACUGUCUACUUAACGCGUCGUUGAUAACGAUUAUCAAAAUACUUCCAGUAAUCGUAUAAUCGGGAUGAUCCGGACGACGAAGGUUGAUUCAACUGUGUAAACGAUGUGAAAUUUCAAAACCUCGUAUUUCUUUCUUUUUUUUUCCCCUUACAGAAACGCCUAGAGAAAAAGUUUGCACUAAUCGAGACGUUACAGGUUAACGUAUAUUUUAACCAGACUUUUAAUAAUGAAUGUACGGCAUACUUUGUAAAUAAUGGGGUAAUCAUAAUUUAGUGCAAUCGAUCCAGUCGCCAAUAGAUUUUACGACGAGUAUUCGCGAACUCGAUGGCGACUAUGAAUUCCCAUAAAUUAUUAAAUUAAAUUAAAAAGGUGUAAAUGAACGCUGUGAAUGGGACUUUUAGUUCGAACGGUGAUGGCAGCAUUGACGGAAAGUGAGUUGGAGGGGAAUUAGUGAACAUGCGUCACUGACGUCGAAAGUAUUGGACGUGAAAGAAAUAAUAAAAAAUUUGUAUAUAAUUGAUAUUGUCAU